AUGGCUGUGUUCAGCUCCCUGAUCCCUUUUGUAGGGGUGAUGGCUAUGCCAGUUGUAUUUUUAGCGGGUGUAUGCUCCAUGUAUGCGAUUUCCUGGACGGCUUACCUGCUGCUCGCGCAGCAAGAUAUCCCGAGUUACGUUGCGAUGGCGCCGCCACCGUUGGCACAGUUUAUUCCUUUUGUUCCAUUCCUUCCGUACCGGUGCUACAAGGUAACGAGGGCCAUCAUACUAUAUACAUGGACAUGCUUGUGUAACCUGCAUGUCCUUUCCGACUGGCUGCAAUUGUAUGUGCACGCUUCGAAAGCUGGCGAGGCAGACGCUUUGUACUGCGUCUCAAUGCCGUAUGCAAUUCCUUUUUCGGACAAGAAAAAAUUAGACAUUUUUCCUGUCCGGCACAAAAAAAUACCCGGCUUGUCGCAGCGCAACUCGCAACAGACUGUGCCAGUCCUGGUCUUUGUUCCUUUCCCGAUCGUUCCACUGACUGCGUCGAGCCAUCGCAAAGUGUACUUGCAAGUGGCUCGCACGAUGAGCUCCAAAUCCUACUGCGUUGUGAUCCCUGAUAUUACGUACUACCCCAAGGCACGCAUCCGCGAAUCCGUAGUGGAUUUGCGUCUGGCCCUCAGCUGGGUAGGUGCCAACAUUAGCAGCUACGGUGGCGACCCUAGUCGUAUUUACCUUAUGGGUUUUCGCAACUCUGCGCAUUUGGUUCUACUUACGUUGAUUCAAGAGGCUGUGGUCUUGAGCCGCGCACUCACUACACAUCACCAUUCUUCUUCUCCGCGGCAGACGGAAAAAUCACUGCGCAACAUGGUGCAAAGCGGAGAUGCAAAUGCGGCAGCGCACGGCGCCUUACACGAAAGGAUCAAGGGCCUAGAAAUAUAUGUCCCACAGGUGCGCCUUCCUCCUCUUGCAGGUGUAGUCCUGCUUGCCGGUAUAACGGAUGUGGUGAAAGCCUACCAGCAUGAAUUGGAUUUGGGGAUUGAACAUAUUAGUUUUCUCCGUCGUGCAGUUGGGCCAGCUCAUGAUGUCUGCCUCUUACACUCUCCAACUCACCUGCUUGUCGAAUCACGAGGCAUUCUAGAUGCAGCGUUCCUUCCACCUAAAUUCCUACUUCUUCAUGGCGGCAAAGACGCGAUGGUGUCGAUUGACCAUGCUACGCUGCUCAGCACAUUGCUAAAAGAUGCAGGCGUAGGCCAGGUCGACCUGCGCGCCUAUCGGAAUUUAGGACACACUGAUACUCUCACGAGUCUUUUGGGGGUGCUGCGACCGAACAGGUCCUCCUAUGCGAGCCAAAUUUGUGACGAUUUAAAUAAGUUUCUUGUGUAG